AUGUCGAAACGCACAGUCUUCACCUCCAUCACGCCCCUCCCCCCGGGCAUCUCCCGCCAGACGGCCAUCGACUUCCUCCACAACCACCUCGAGAUGAUUGACCUCAACCCUCUGGUCACCGACCGCUAUGUCAUCCCGCCUCCUCCCCACGCUCUGCCCGAAGAGCACGUCUGCACAUGGUACUCCAUCACAGACAAGAUCUCCUACCUCCCCGGCAACCUCGCCACCGGCGCCAUCUCCUACACGGCCGCCUUCCACGACCUGCCCAUGGGCCUGCAGACGCACUGCCACGCGCCCAUGGGCGUCGACCUGCGCGAGAAGUGGACGGUGGGAGGCUCCGAGCCGGGGGAGGCGCCGGAACCGAUGGAGCUGGGCUUGGGCGCGCCGCGGACGGGCCUGUACAUCCGAGAGGACGUCAUCAUCACCUGCAACGUCAUGAUGGCCGGCUUCAUCAAGAAGACGAUUAAGAAGGCACACGGCACCCUGAUGGAGGCCCUCUCUGUCAAGGCCGCCAAGUCAGACGCCCAG